AUGAUAUCUACGCUCCCAAAAAGCAGCAAUGUUGCUGCCUCCCUGAACCUCAGACACUCACCAGCCCGAACACUUGGGUUAGGGUGCCUCUACCCAGCAAACAGGGGAUUCAGUUCCAGCGCCGCUCGAUUGCUACCACCUCCUUCAUAUAACUCCAAAUCCACAUCCUCUUCCGCGCCAUUAUCCUCUCCAUCCUCUUCCUCCGCCAUAUCAUCCUCCGCAUCAUCUUCCGCAAUAACCUCCCCCGUCAACGCACCCGCCAGCACACGCCCCGCGGUCCUCGAUUUACCCUCAAAGACCAACCCGCAGACAUCAGGAAAACUCUCCUACUACUUUGCUCUCGGAAAGGCGUAUCUCGGUUUCUACAAAACCGGCCUUAAGAACGUAUAUGCCAAUUACAAGGCGUCUAUUCCCUUACGAAAACAGCUCGGUCUACCCGUGUAUAUCCCUCGAUCACCAUGGACGAAUGCAGGAACACCUACCUUGUCGUUGACAAGAAGCGAUUUCCAACUCGUCAGGCGCAGCGCAUACGAUAUCCGCCGCACCAUCCCAUUUGCGUUCAUUCUCCUUUUAUGCGGUGAAAUGACUCCUUUCGUUGUGCUAGCAAUUGGCAAUCGCGUAACACCAAUGACAUGCCGCAUGCCCAAACAGCUAGCUAAGGAACGCGGGAAGAGGACUAUCUACAAGGACGCUGCUCUCCAGGGAAUUUCGGCAAAAGAACAGGCAUUGCUUGCCCCGUCGUCACCUAGACAGAUCAAGAAUGUCUCGGAAUUAAGCACUGAUGAAGUUUUAAGAUCCUGUGUCGUUUUUGGACUGAGGAAGAGGCAUGAUUUGCCUGUUCCCGGAUUCGUACAGACUCUAUUGGUAGACCAGGUGUAUAGACCUAGACUGCGGCGAUGGAUGGAAUACCUUGCUGCAGAUGACAAGCUGAUUUCUAGUGCUGGUGGGGUGAAAAAGAUGGUUGCCGAAGAGGUGCGGCUAGCUAUUGACGAGAGGGGCGGUGUGGAUGUAGGCAUGGGGUUGGAGGGAGCGGAGAGCGAGAAGAUCGAAAGGAAGUGGCUGGCCAAGUGGGUAGAAGAGAGGGCGUAA